AUGGCGACCUCAGCAGCAGCAGCAGCAGCAGCAGGAGAAGAAGAAGAAGCAAGCGGACACGACGCAGAACUGGACCAACUACUGGACAGUGCGCUGGAUGACUUUGACAAAACAUCUGCACCUGUGCCUCCUGAAUCUAAAGCUCCUUCCUCCUCUUCCAGCCAUGGAGCAGAGAAGCCGCCGCUGCUUGAGGACUGCAAGCUCUUCGAGACGCUCUUCAAGGGCGACAUGGCCGCCCAAGCCCAGCAGGAAUGGGAGAAGGCCAUGACUGAGCUGGCCCAGGAGGAGCCCGACCUGCUCCAGCACUUUCAAAAACUCUCAGAAGCGGCCGGCAAAGUUGGCACUGACACCGCCUCCCAACAAGAGUUCACCUCAUGCCUCAAGGAAACUCUCCACGGCCUCGCCAAGAACGCAGACAACCUGCAGAGUUCGGGACUCGCCGGAGACGAUCUUGUCAAAGCUCUUGGAGGCCUGGGCUUGGACGAGAAUGCUGAGGCCGGCGGGAGCGGCGACGACGGCAACAUCCUGCCAAUCAUGCAGUCCAUCAUGCAGAAUCUUCUAUCCAAGGAGGUGCUUUAUCCGUCCUUAAAGGAGAUUACAGCUAAGUAUCCAGAGUGGUUGGAGGCCAACAAGGCCAGUCUAACCCCAGAGGACUUUCAGCGCUAUGAGCAGCAGGCCAAGGUCAUGGGGGACAUCUGCCUGCACUUUGAGAAGGAGGAGGACCAGGAAGGUGCAUUUGAAAGCAUCAUGGACCUCAUGCAGAAGCUACAAGACCUCGGCCAACCACCCAAAGAACUAGCAGGAGACGCGCCUCCUGGCUUAAACUUCGACAUGGAGUCCCUCAACCUUCCAGCAGGCGUUGGCGGCGGCGCGGCUGAGCAGUGCUCCGUCAUGUGACGAGGCAGCGGCUCAAUUGUGUGUGGCCAUGCCGGCCUUGAAGAUGAAGAAAAGAAGGUCUGGUGGGAGCGUGGCAGUGAAAUGAAAGGAAGCUGCUACAAUCCAACACUUAUGAGAGACAUUUUAACAUAAAUGCCUUUUUUUAAUUGCAUUCCCUCCAACUGAGCUUACUAAGCACUGCCCCUCUCUAAGCACUAUUUUAAAAUACUGCAAAGUUAGUGAAAAGUAUCCAAUACCCGUCAGGUCAUUGUUGUGCUAGUAGUGUAAUCGUCCUCAAACACUUGUCUGUCUACAGGACUUACUGCAACUUAUCCAAUUACUUUCUUCAUGUGAUAAUUGUUGAUCAUUCUUUCAUUGCUUACACAAAACAACUCAUUAGAAUUGAUUAUUACCUCACUGUAAUGUUCCCUUCAUUUGGAGUGUUGGAGAUGAUUCCUGAAUGCCUUUAAGUUUUCAUCUAGUGUCGGUUAACCCUGCAAAAGUCUUUUCCCCGAGCCGCCAUUUGUUUUAUCGUGAAUAUUGACGUUCGCUUUCAGUGGGUGGUCCAUGAGGUUUUCAUCCCCACUGUACUAGACCAGACCUGGGCACAUUAAGGCCCCGGGGCCACAUGCAGCUCGUUAAGCUUUUCAAUCUGGCCUGCCGGACAUUCCCAAAUAAUUUAUUUAGAUCUUUAAGAUGGAAUGUUUAGCUGCCGUUAUGAUGUGCACUCAUCUUUUCGAACCACCGGAAGUCUUCAACUAUACUAAGUCUUUCAAUGCUUGGAAUCUGCAACUAUGGAUGAUAUACUAGUUACUAUGGUCAUCUAAUUAGUUACUAUGGUCAUCUAAUGAGUUACUAUGCUCAUCUAAUUAGUUACUAUGGUGAUCUAAUUAGUUACUAUGGUCAUCUAAUUAGUUACUAUGGUCAUCUAAUUAGUUACUAUGCUCAUCUAAUUAGUUACUAUGGUGAUCUAAUUAGUUACUAUGGUCAUCUAAUUAGUUACUAUGGUCAUCUAAUUAGUUACCAUAGUCAUCUAAUUAGUCACAAUGGUCAUCUAAUUAGUUACUAUGGUCAUCUAAUUAGUUACUAUGGUCAUCUAAUUAGUCACAAUGGUCAUCUAAUUAGUUACUAUGGUCAUCUAAUUAGUUACUAUGGUCAUCUAAUUAGUCACAAUGGUCAUCUAAUUAGUCACUAUGGUCAUCUAAUUAGUUACUAUGGUCAUCUAAUUAGUUACUAUGGUCCUCUAAUGAGUUACUAUGGUCAUCUAAUUGGUUACUAUGGUCAUCUAAUUAGUCACUAUGGUCAUCUAAUUAGUUACUAUGGUCAUCUAAUUGGUUACUAUGGUCAUCUAAUGAGUUACUAUGGUCAUCUAAUGAGUUACUAUGGUCAUCUAAUUAUUUACUAUGGUCAUCUAAUUAGUCACUAUGGUCAUCUAAUUAGUCACUAUGGUCAUCUAAUUAGUUACUAUGGUCAUCUAAUUAGUCACUAUGGUCAUCUAAUUAGUCACUAUGGUCAUCUAAUUAGUUACUAUGGUCAUCUAAUUAGUCACUAUGGUCAUCUAAUUAGUCACUAUGGUCAUCCAGGUCACAGCAGCUCAGACGAGGCACCAAGCAGUGUGGGCGGGAAGCGUCUCCACAGACACGGAAGGAGUUUUUCAUAAACAAAGCUGUAAAGCUUAGUGAUAUGUCAGAUAUAUCAUAAUGUAGGUGGGUUUAUUUUGUCGAUGAAAAGGGGGUGUGAUGUUCAUAUCUUGUCAAUAUUCAUUGUUUUAUCGUUCAUAGAAAAAUGUAAAAUUACAUUUUUUUAAGGCAGUCUGUCAUAAUGUUUUAGCAUUCAAUCAGACAUUAUUAUGAAUAUUUGUAUUAGUGUCCCUAAAAAUAGAUAUACCACCCCCCAGACACAUUUCUUUUCUCUAAAUGUGGCCCCUGAGUCAAAAUAAUUGCCCAGGCCUGUACUAGAGCAUAGUGUGCUAAGCUCUCCUGUCUGUGCGUGUGUGUUCCCCAAAAGUUCCAAUAGUAAAGACCUCAACAAUUGUGGGGAUUGAAGUAAUGGGUUGCAGGUUAAAGGUUGUUGAGCUGCAUGACUACAGAGAUUGAUCCUGAAUGCACAGAUUAAAUCAAGUAGGAGGCAUUGUGUGCUUCCAACAGGCAAUCCAUUCAACUAACGGUCAAACCCCAGGGCUUUGUUUCGCAGAAAAACUGUUAAGGUUGUUCUUGUUUUUUUCCUAAUUUUGUAAAUAUACUGAAUAAAUUAAUGAUGAUAAAGAUUGA